CAAAAAUCACAGGACUUAUUCCUUUCCUUUCAGGUCUCCCUGUCGUUCUUCACCCGUGGCCUCCGCGCAGUUUAGUCAAAGCAGCCUUUUACGGCCGCGACCCUUCGAAUUCCAACGCUUUCUAUCAGAACAAAGUCGCAUCCUGAAAAUGAGCUCUGAAGGAGAAAAGGCCAGAACCUCCGGCGAGGUCUCCCGCCCGGAGCCUACUCUGCCUACCGUCAACCCUGCUGCUGAGAGGGCAGAGCCUCCCAAGCCUACUUUCCACCCCGCGGUCUACGUGAGUGUCUGGAUUGCCCUGAGUUCCAGUGUUAUCCUGUUCAACAAGCACAUCCUCGAUUAUGCUCAGUUCCGCUUUCCUAUUAUCCUUACAACAUGGCAUUUGGCGUUCGCAACUUUCAUGACCCAGCUUCUCGCCCGUACCACCACCUUGCUUGAUGGCCGGAAAACUGUUAAGAUGACUGGCCGUGUUUAUCUUCGCGCUAUCGUCCCUAUUGGCCUUUUCUUCAGUUUGAGCUUGAUCUGUGGUAAUGUGACAUACUUGUAUCUGAGUGUUGCUUUCAUCCAGAUGCUGAAGGCUACUACUCCGGUCGCUGUGCUCUUCGCCACCUGGGGAAUGGGAAUGGCUCCUGUCAACUAUAAGGUUUUGAUGAACGUCUCCAUCAUUGUCAUCGGUGUCAUCAUUGCCUCUUUCGGUGAAAUCAAGUUCGUCUUCAUCGGAUUCCUCUUCCAGAUUGGCGGGAUCAUUUUCGAGGCCACCCGUCUGGUCAUGGUGCAGCGCCUGCUUAGCUCCGCCGAGUACAAGAUGGACCCUCUGGUCUCUCUGUACUACUUUGCUCCCGUCUGUGCUGUGAUGAACGGUGUCACUGCUCUGUUCAUCGAGGUUCCUAACCUUACCAUGGACCACGUUUACCGUGUUGGUGUAUGGACUUUGUUGCUGAAUGCUGUUGUUGCCUUCUUGCUAAACGUCUCGGUUGUCUUCUUGAUUGGAAAGACUUCUUCCCUUGUCAUGACUCUCUGUGGUGUUCUGAAGGACAUUCUCCUUGUCGUUGCCUCGAUGAUGAUUUGGCAGACUCCCGUCACCCCUCUUCAGUUCUUUGGCUAUUCCAUUGCCCUCAUUGGUCUGGUUUACUACAAGCUCGGUGGUGACAAGAUCAAGGAAUAUACCAGCCAGGCCAACCGUUCCUGGGCUGAAUACGGUGCCAACCACCCCGCCAAGCGCAAGUCUAUCAUCAUCGGCGCUGUUGUUCUUAUCUUCUUCCUACUGGUUGGAUCUAUGGCACCCAGCUACACUACCGACUCUGUCAAGGGGUUGCUAGGUGGCGCCACUGCUGGAAACGCAUAAUGGCGCCCUUUUCCUUUCUAAUUGGAGACGAAUCAAUCGCAAUGUCUGGCUUUGCGAAGUAUUAUUGCCCAGACAGAUACGGAGUGGAUGCG